AUGAGCAAGAAGCAGCAUCCGUAUCCCAUGUAUCCAGCUCCAAUCGAGGUCCGUUAUGCAGCCCGUGUCAUGGGGCGAGAGCCCAACCCAUAUGUAUCAUUUGAAUCACUUCUCAAGCACGCUGGAAACUUGGAAAAUGGCCUUGCACAACUGUGUCCAUCAACCCUGUACAAGGGAUACAAAGCCAAGCUUGCUGCUCGCGAGACUGCCCACCAGCGCCUUGUGGUAACUGCAUGGGAAAUUGAGGAAUCAGAACGCUUCACUACUUUCCUUGAUGCCUUACAUGCUGAAAAUGAAGAACAUUUUGGGUUAGCAGACAAGGAGUUGCAGAGCUUUAGAAGGUUUUUUUCUGAGCGUGACCGCGUGCAAGUUGACGACGAUAGAGAUUACCUUCAAGCCAUCUAUGAAGAUGAAUGCGAAAUCCUUCAUCUCUCUAGUCCUGAGAUCAAUGACGAUGAAGAUAACGGUCACAUUAUUCUAGACGAUUCCUCGGACCUGGAUUCUGAAGAAGAAGAGUGUCUCGGGGUGGGGGCUGGCGAACCGCCUCAUGAUCCGCAUGCCCUUCCAAUCGUGUAUAUGCCUCCCAAACGCACUAAAGGUAAAACAACGAUUCCAAAACCCACUCGUGGGUCUGGUCUAAACCCUUUGCACUUGCCUGCGGAGACUCAACUGCAUCUCAGUGACGAACAACCACGCGAGCCUAUGGCAAACACUUUCAAUCCACAUGAAGCGUUCAGCUCACGCCACAGCAAUCAAUCUUUGGGUACACAUGCCAGUUAUGUGCCCUUCAAUCAUGACAACUACGACAAUAACCCUGGCCCAUCAUCAAGCGCUCAUCCUGAUCCUUUUUCAAGCGCUCACACAGGUCCAUCAUUAAUCACUCGCGCUGAUUCACGUGACGGUUAUACACCCUUUCACCACGAUAACUACAACACAUACGCUAGUUCAUCAUCGAGUGCUCAUACUAAUCCAUAUGCUAGUUAUGUGCCUUUCGACCAUGAAAACCGUGACACUCACAGCGUGAGCACUGAUCCAUUGUCGAGCGCUUACAUGGGUACUGCCCCCAACUACCAAUCCUUGGGUCACUUUGGUGCCAGUCACGACAUUCCGCCGUAUCGACCCUCAAGCUCCUAUGGGAACUCACUGUCUAGAUAUGAGAAUGCGCAAUCUGGCUAUGAAAAUCCGUAUGGAUCACUUGAGAGCCCAUACAACAACCCCAAUCAUCCCAACAAACUUUCAGAUGUCGACAAUAUGUCAGGUACAGCGCCCAACCCACAUCACAUACAGGUGCCGCCAUCGUUCAACAAUGACGAAACUGAACCACCUCCGGAGCCCCAACGCAGUCCUCUCCCUGUUACAAUGGGUGAGAUACCGGAAUUGCAGGUCAUCCAUACACUAGGACCUAACCCCGAUCCCACUCAUCAGAACCCUACUGAUACUGCUGCAACAACGCAGGCGGCUGCAAGCCGUGCAGAAGUGCCAAAUGAACAGCGUUACUUUGAGGUCACGGGAGCUGUCCGUGAUCAGAUCUUCCAGCGCUCACAAGAACUUGUGGUAGGCAUCGUCUGCUGCCGACAGAAAGCGCAUUCACCCAAGUUUCCAGGACUUGACGGAAUACCACACUGGAAAAAUCAAAGCAAGGACAUCACAACGAUAUGGCGGAAGGUGAUUGUCGUGCGCACAGUCCUCACGACCUUGACUCGAGAAGGCGUUGUCAUGGGAUACGUGCUUUUCCCUCCGCUGGGUAGCCAGAUGCCCCCCGAGGCCUUUCAUUGUGAUCACGUCAGACGUCUCGUUCGAGACAACAUUUUUAUGCAUGAUGGGACACUGACCAUCCAUGUGAAGUUCCAAAACCCCUUCAUCCUCUACCUCGUCGGGAAACUGAUCUGGAAUACGCGCUUCCGACUAGACAAAUUAUUCACAAUGCCGCGCAAACAGCUGCACUACGUGAUGGGAUUAGCUGGCACCAUCACAAAAUGUGCGCUGUUGGAACAGGGACAUGAGACACUCAGUGCCACACCUAGGUUAUUUCCAGGGGCAAACUCCACUGUAUUUGAGGCUAUCUGCGCAGACAUGGAUAGCCUCAGCAACGAGGAGAAAGCUGACUUGAACCAAUGGAAGGAUCACAUAGUCGUUUGUGGGGUCUCUCAGCAGCGUGUUAGAGUUGAGCUGUCAGAUUUCGACCUACUAGUAGACCCAGACUUGGAUGCAGACUCGGAUAUCGCCGAUGACAUAUAA